AUGGGAGCAAACGAUUUGACUCGUAUCCGCAGCCAUUUUUCGAGACACUCACGAAUCAAAGAGUUUCCCGGUUAUGGUGGAAAAAUUCACACAUUGGCAUGGAAUGCCACAGGAAGCCGACUGGCCUCCGGAUCGUCAGAUAAAUUGGUGAAUGUGUACACUUUGGACGGUACCCGACUGAGCAAAGCGCAGACCUUUCGCGGUCAUAAUGAGAGUGUCGAUCAACUCUCUUGGCAUCCGAACGAUCAAGACGUGCUAGCGUCAGUGGGUGCAGAUGGGGCAGUUCGACUUUGGGAUUGUCGAUCCAAAAAGGAUCCUGUAACAGCACAACUGAAAGGUGAAAAUAUAAACCUAGCGUGGACAUCUGAUGGUCGGUGCAUCGCAGUUGGAAGUAAGACCGAUUUGAUUUCAUGGUUGGAUGUUCGAGCCGGUCUCAAACUGAUCCAAUCGGAACAAUUCAACUUCGAAAUCAACGAGUUCGCAUGGAAACCGAACAGUGAUAUUUUUUUGCUCACCACUGGGCUGGGAAGCAUACUGGUUUACAGCGGCAAACCGGGUGACAUGAAACGAGAGACCAGUUUGUUGGCGCAUCCGGUAAAUGCCAUGUGUUUGCAGUUCUCUCCUAACGGGAAAUAUUUUGCUGUGGGCAGUGCUGAUGCGUUAGUUUCAAUCUGGGAUUCCGACGAAUUCGUGUGUCUGCGUACUCAGUCCCGUCUGGAAUGGCCAGUUCGCACUCUCGGUUUCUCUUUUGACGGCGAAGUGAUUGCAGCCGCCAGUGAGGAUCACUUCAUUGAUAUCGGGCAUGUGAGAACGGGUGAACAGGUGUUCCAAGUCGGCACGCACUCGGCCGCCACAUUUGUGCUUGCCUGGCAUCCGAAACAAUAUCUGCUUAGCUACUCGAGCGAGGCUAAAUACGACCAAGGAGUGAUUCGCCUGUUCGGUCUGCCGUCUGACGGAAGUCGACCGGCCGAUCCGAUCUGA